CAUUACAUUUUACAAAAUUCAGCACAACACAACAAAAUAAUUUAUAACAAUUUUGUAAACGUUUCAAAUUUUUAAGUUACAUUUAUAUAACGCACAAUUUAUCGAACAAAAUGGAGCCAGCAACCGCAACCGCAACGCCAAUUGAAGCAGCUGCAGCUGAGCCAGAGCAGCAGGCAGCUGAGGAGCCAGCAGCAGCAGAGAUCGCCGAGAUCGCCGAGAGCGCUGGCGAGCCCACAAAGCCAUUGGAGCAGCAGAUUCAACAGCAGCAAAUCGCAUUUAGAAAUCGACGCAAUCCCAUCACAGGCGAUGGUAUAAAUAUUUAUAAAUUGUUUCAAACACGCAAGCCAGCUGGACACACAGCUUGCAAUCCUUUGACCGGCGAGGGGUAUCCGCCCGAACGCACAGACAUGGAAGCGUUACAACGCGUGCAAAUGCUAUAAUAUUCUAUUACUCAUUGAUAUAUAGAGCUAUAGUUCUAUCUAUAAAGUCUGCAGUACCAAGCUCACGUCUCUCGAUCGGGCUGUGAGUUUUGUAUAUAUAGAAUAUGGAUAGAAAUGCUGCAUAUAAAAUUUGUAAUUGUAAAAUUUGCGCACCUCUCAACUUUUAUGCGAAUUAUAUAACUUUCGUAAAUGAAGUCAACAAAU